UAGCAAAUACAAAUAUAAUUUGUAUUUGGAUGUAGUAAGUAGGCAUUUUUCCAAAUGUCAAAAAAUUGUGCCAUUGCUCGCAAAAUAACCCGGAAAAGAAGUUUUAAAAUUUUCAUUGUGUGAAAACCGGUGAAGGCAAAUAAGCCUCAAAAUAGCGACCCCAACGUUGGAAAAUCGUCGUUCCUGCAUGGAGCUGAUGAAGGAUCGAUUUUGGAUGCAAAUUCAACGGGAUGUCGGGCUGAUACCGGAACAUAUAAUAAACAUUUUAGACUUUUGUGGCUACUCAGCCAACUGCGCUCUGGAAGCUAUCGACAAUGAAAAGUUGAAAAUUGUUGAACAGGAAGCGAAAGAAAUUCCACAAAUUCUUCGCAUCCCUAGCAAUGACGAACAACAGAUGAAGAAAUACUUUGGAAAGUUUUAUCGCAACCCGCAAAAUUUUCACAUUCUAAGUGGUGAAGCGCAGCAGAUCAUAAUGAUCGGUGUGCAUCUGCGGCAAAAAGGCAUUAGCAGCUACUUGAAAAUCGACGAGUUGACCCGACCCCGCGAGCGACGAAGAAAGGAAGGCGUACCCGAAACCGGCUCAUUAGAGCAAUCGGCUCGAACGCUAGCCGAGCGGAUUCAUAGCUUCUACUUCAAUCGUUGUGACGGGUCCCCUCAGAAUAUCGAAUUCUGCAAUACGGUAGGUGCGGUUCAGGUAACUUCUGAAAUCGGCGACGAUGGAAACAUAGUUGGGUAUGUUACUUGUCCCUUUUGUCAGACGGACAAAAAGUUACGAGUGUCUCAGGACCGGACCGGACAUUGGGUUUUAGCGAAUAUUGUUGCCCAUAUGAAUCGGCAUUUGACCAGUAUAAGUAAUUCCAACCCCAAUUUGCCGGAGGAUUCAACUGCAAACAAGAAGCUAAAACUAGAACCUUUGGAUUUCGAUGAAUCAUCACAGUACAGUUCUAACGCCUAUGGCUUCAACGUGUCCAUAACAUAAAUCUGGUGAAGACUUUAAGUAGACUAUCAUCCACUUUUGUGGUUUUCCAAUAAAGAGUAAAAUGUGUAACGUGCUCCG